GAGGGAGAAGAGAAGAAGAGACACUACCCACGACGCCGAAGCGCAAUUCUCCGAAGCGGAGCGAUCAGGGGUAGAGAAGUGGUUUUAUGCAAAGUUGGAUUCAAUGGCUCAAGCUGCGAGGUUGAAUCUGAGAAUGCAGAAGGAGCUUAAGCUUCUGAUGACUGAUCCGCCGCCUGGGGUGUCCCUCCAGCUCGCUGACAACGAGAAUUUUUCAUCUUCUUUGUCAAGCAUUGAGGCCCGGAUUCAGGGACCUGACGGAACCGUUUAUUCUGGUGGCACGUUUACUGUGAAGAUCCAAGUACCUGAAAGAUAUCCUUUUCAACCGCCUAACGUGACAUUUGUUACCCCCAUUUAUCACCCCAACAUCGACAAUGGAGGGCGUGUCUGCCUCGAUAUUCUCAAUUUACCCCCAAAGGGGGCGUGGCAACCAUCCCUAAAUAUUUCAACAGUCUUAACCAGUAUUGGUUUACUACUGUGUGAACCAAACCCAGACGAUGGCCUAAUGGCUGAAAUUAGUAGGGAAUACAAAUACAACAGGCAAGUUUUCGACCAAAAGGCUCGGUCUUGGACCGAGAAAUAUGCUAAUCCUGGAUCUAGUGCUGCUAAUGACUUGAAUAAUUUAGAUGCCCCUUGUGCGGUUCUGCAGCCGCUGACGGAAGUUGAGAAAUCAGAAGCUGUUUCAGGAAAUUCUUUCAAUGUCAGCGAAGGAAGUCGAAAGAAGCUUCGUUUGAUGGGCCAAAAGUUGUCACUUAAAUCAAAAAUAGCCGAAAAGAAGAGCAAUGAUGAUAAAGAAAAUCUGGUGCCAGAUGAUAAGGAAAAUACUUUUCCGCUGCGUGCGACUUCAAAGUUCGAAGAUAAAUCUCUCGGUGUCGGUUCUGAGAAAACUCCGAAUGAAAAUAAUAAUCAGGGGGAGGGAAAUUUGCUGGUCACAGAUACAGUUAUUGUUUCAGACAGUGAAGAGAGUGAAGAGGAAGAUGACAGGCCUCUGAGAUCAAGAUUGUCACUUUUUCGGAAGAGAGUAGCAGGAAAAUGAAACAAAUGACUGUGUAUAUGAAUGAACUUUAAAUAGUUUUGUUACGCUUGCUAUCUUUUCUUGUUUUUUGAGUUCAAAUUUGAAUUUUUGAGUUGUCCUGUGUACUAUAUGCUGCUGCAUAUUAAUCUGAAAAAUUCAUGCUUAAUGAAGAUGCAUUAGGUAAUUA